UUUAGAGCCAAUGAUCUUUUUUCAUUUGACUUGGUGUUGCACUCAGUAAAGUCAAUUUGUGAUCACAGAUUUAGAAACAGCAGAUUACAUUGGACCAGUCAACACAGAGGUGUAAACAUGUCAAAGUCAAUGGUAGUCAUGCAGCCACAGCCUGUUAUGGUCUCCAGAGAUUCUGAUCAGUGGGGGUCAGGUAUCUGUGACUGUUGCAAUGACGUUCCUGAAUGUUGCUUUGCUUACUGGUGUUUACCGUGUUUCACGUGUAUCAAAGCAAAGAAAUACGGUGAGUGUUUAUGUCUCCCCCUGCUGGAUUUCUGUGGCAUCGUCCCACCCAUAACCAUGUCCAUAAGGGUCUCAAUGCGCCAGCGUUAUGGCAUUAAGGGUGACAUGUGUAAUGACUGCUUGCUGGCCACAUUCUGCAGAGCUUGUGUUUGGUGUCAGAUGUCACGAGAGAUGAAAGCACGAGAUCUACAGAUCACUCUUGUUGGUGCCAGGAAUUUGUAAUGUGUUUUGAAGCAGCUAUGUUGUUGUGUAAAAUCCUGACACACUGAAAGGCAGAUAUAUAUAUUAUUAAAAUAUCUCAUUAACUGAAUAUAUUUAAUUGAACUGAAUAAUUUGUAUAUUGCAUUUAUAUUGUCAGAUGCUUAUUGUAAUAAUGAUGAUUGUCUGUAAAUCCCUGGUGUAAUUUGUGAUGAAACGCAAGGACAUAAAAGUUUGUUUAAUUUGUUUUUUUUCUACUGAAUGUAACGUCUGUAUUGUUGUAUAUCUCUAUUGUCAGUUACUCGGUUUCUAAUCAGCAUCAUCAAUAUCAUGACUAGUGUGAUCAGAGAAAUUAGUGUUUGACAUAUCUAGAUAGAUGUUAGUGUUUUUGUGACAGACUUAAAAAGCUAAAUAAAACAACACAGAAAUGAAUACUCACAAAUUGGAAUUUAUAUAUAUAUUUAAUUGUUUUUUUCACGAUUGCCUUUAUUUUAAGACUCAAAUUCUUUCAUUUACUUGUUUUGUUACACAAAUCAUUGAUCGUUUUCUUUGACACUUUCCUGUUCCUGUCUCUGGAGGGGUGUGUUUGUACUUUGCAUAUUUGCAUAGACACAUAUAGUAAAAUUCCUGUAGUCUA